AUUUCAUUUUUUAGGAGAGAACAAGACGGUAACGAAGGGAGAGAGAGACGAGGGAGGCGGAGAGAUGUACUUGAAGAAGGCGUUGUGGAGCGAGGGAGUGACGAAGCAGAGCAACCAGACGGCUGCAGAACAGAAGAAGACGGAGUCGGAAGCCGAUGACUCUGCGGCGGCUGCUGCGACCGCUGUGGAAGAGCUGGUGAACUCGCUGACCAAGCAGAGGGUUUACAGAGAGCUCACACUCUCUCUACGCACCGGUCUCCGAGACGCACGAGCCGAAUUCUCCUUCCUCCGAGUUCGCGGCCUUCGUUCUCUUCUCAAAUCUCUCAGAUCCAUUGCCCAAUCCGAUUCCACCAUUCAUCUUUUCUGCCACACCCAAUCCAUACCCGAACUCCAAGUGGUUCCUGUUCUGUUUCAACAUUCACUGAAGGAGACGGAAGAUGACAGGGUAAUAAGCUUAGAUCAUAUAUUCAGUGUGGAACCAAUGAAGAUUACCAGUCCUUCCACAGAUGCGGAGGUUGCACUGGCUCUUCGAGUUUUAGAAGGUUGUUGUCUUCUUCAUUCAGAGAGCACUGCUUUGGCCCAUCAGUACAAAGCAAUUGAGGUGCCUAUUUAAUGCUCACAGGCUUUUUGUUUGUUUAUUGUUUUGGGAUCGGUUGGUUAAAUCUUUAGAAUGAAAAGUGGCAUUACUGUUGGAUUGAUUGCUUAGAGAAGUGAGAGUUAUUUAUUGAUGAGUGUCGGAAGGGCAGCGUCUUCUGUGACAAGUGUUUAUGAUUCAUCUUAAUGAGAAAGCUUUAUCCAGAUAAUGAUUAUCAUACGUUCUUGCCCAUGAGAAUUCCUGCUUUCUUUUUCUGUUCUAAAUCCAUUUUAGAAGACUCUAGUGUACUGAUGGAAGGGCCUCGAUCUAUCUCCUGGCAUGUUUUUUAUCCAAUGACGAAUAAAGUUCAAUAAAGGAAGUUUAGUUCA